UUGUGUUUUAGUUUUGCAGGUGAAAUAUCAUCUUUCUUUGGUCCAAUGUUGGGUAUAAACUACUUAAGUCAUUUAUUUCUUUGUUGUUUGUCAUUAUUCGAAUGUUCACAAGGGGACGCAAACGCAAUUUCUAAAUACGGACCUCUAACGAUAUUAAUCUUUGGGCAACUAAUCUUAAUAUCUGUUGUAUUUGAAAUAGUACAAACCGAGAGUGAGAAAUUACAAAAUGAAUUGUACUACGUAUCCUGGGAGCGCAUGGAUGUAAGGAAUCGUCGCACACUUUAUAUCUUCCUGCAACGGCUUCAGGAACCAAUUCAUAUCACUAGUAUGGGCAUGAUAUCAAUCGGCGUACUGACUAUGGCCAAGAUUCUGAAGACAACAUUUUCAUAUUUCACCUUUCUGUUGUCGAUGAAGGACAAUAAACCCAGUACUUAGUUGCUAUGGAAACCUGCUACAAACAAAUACAAAUACUUUAUUUUCACUUUCAAAAGCACAUGAGACAUGUUAUUUGAGGCACAAAAAUACAUUAAUAAAAAUGUAACUGUAAUUAGUCUUAUUUUAAUGUUUAUUCAAAUAUAUUUGUGAACUGUAAAGUUUUUAUUCUGUAUUACUUCAUCGUCAUCUUCCUUAUCAUCCCGUAUGGUCGACACAACAUGUUUUUGUCCUCCACAUAACUUUCAUGUACGGGUUUCAAAAACCUACUUUUGGAUACCUCACUGAUUUGCGGCCUGCCGCCUGCCUGUC